AUGGUUUCUGAUGACUUUGGAAUCGAUCUAACCCUGGUCAAUCUCGAGUUAAGCUACUUACCUUCUGAGUUGAUUAAUACUCUUGAGUCUCCUUCGGUUAUCAUCAGCAACGACCGGGAGGCACGUGUUAACUUGAAUAACCAAGCAUCUGGUGCGGCCAUAAUGGAGGGACAUACGAAUGAAAAUUCAGAUGUGAAUUUUGGUGAAACCAAUUUCGACGAACAAGACAUUGAGCGGGAUGAAAGUGAUGAUGAAAAGAUGUGUGACAUAAAGGGAAGCAAGGGACAUAAUGUACGAUUUGCUUUGUUGGAUAUUGUGAAGAAGGGUCAACAUUUUAGCAGUAAAAUGUUACUAAAGGCGACAUUCGAAAUCUGUGCAAUGAAACAUAAUUUCGACUAUAAAGUCGUCAGAUCGGAUACCAAAAUUUGGUAUAUUCGUUGUGCAGAUGAAGAUUGCAGUUGGCGAGUUCGUGCAGAAGGGUUAAAAGGUUCUUCAUAUUUCAUUAUCAGAAAAUAUGUUGCUGAACAUUCAUGUGCUCCAUCAGCAAGGAACAAAUCUGUAAGGACAGCUUCAGCAAAAACAAUUGGUAAUCUGAUUAUGCAUAAGUACGAUGGUGUGAAGGCGGGGCCAAAAUGUAAUGAUAUCAUUGAGCUUAUGCGUGGUGAGCAUGGGAUCGAGGUGUCCAAGUCUUUAGCGUGGGAUGCACGUGAGUAUGCUAUCAACACAAUGAGAGGCAUUCCAGAAACAGUUUAUGCGAAGAUUCCCAAAUACUUGUACAUGAUGAAGGAAGCUAAUCAUGGGUCACAUACAUCUUACGAAACUGACAAGGAUGGGAGAUUCCGAUUCCUUUUCAUCUCAUUUGGGCAGUGUGUCCGAGGUUUUUACAGAGCCAUUCGAAAAGUUAUUGUUCUCGAUGGGACGUUUUUGAAGAGCAAAUUCAAAGGUGUUUUACUAGUUGCUACUGCUUUGGAUGGAAACUCAAAUUUAUAUCCACUUGCAUUUGGAGUUGUUGACUCAGAGAAUGACCUCUCGUGGAACUGGUUUAUGAGACAACUUAAAGUGGUUGUUGCUGAUGAACAGAGUUUAGCUUUUGUCUUUGAUAGGAAUACCUCACUUGGUAAAGCUAUUGCAAACGUGUACCCUCAAUCUCAUCAUGGAAUUUGCAUUCACCACUUGCUGAAUAAUGUUGUAACUUAUUACCAUGGGAAAUGUUUGGUUGGUUUGGUUGCAAAGGCUUCUAAAGCUUAUCGAGUUGCUGAUUUUCAGAAGAUCUUUACAGAUAUUUGCUCGAUUAGUCCUGCGAUUGGGAAAUAUCUAAUAGAGGCUGAUGUGAGAAAGUGGGCUCGCUGUCAAUUUCCUGGUUUUAGGUUUGAUAUUAGGACCAAUAAUCCUGCUGAAUCGAUGAAUUCUGCAUUGCGUUCGCCAAGGGAGUUUCCGAUCAUUCCUCUACUGGACAGCAUAAGGGAAAUGAUGACUCGAUGGCAUGCCAUAAAAGCCGGUUUUAGUGUAGGCAGACAAGUUCACAGUCUGACUGACGAGAAGUACACAACCUCUUCUUGGAUCUCAGUUUACGAGGGAAGCAUAAAUCCGAUAAGUGUUCCUGAAGAUGCAUGGAUUGUCCCAGAACAUGUGGAGAAGGCAAACGUUCUUCUUCCAGAGAGUAGAAGAGCAGCAGGAAGGAGAAAGAAACGAAGAUACGAAACAGUUGAACACAAAAUUCGUUCACAAGGAAGUAAAGGUUCCACAAAACGCAAAUGCAGUAGGUGUGGGAUUGAAGGGCACAAUAGGUCGACUUGUGAUAGAGCAAUAUAG